UAUGUUACAUUCUUAUUAGUAUGUCAACAAAUCUAACAGUUUUUAAAUAAUUGAGAUGCGUUAUGUUAUAUUUGAACAAUGGAGAAGAAAUUACUUAACAUCAUCAUUGGUGUAACCGGUAGUGUAGCUACAAUAAAGUUACCUUUGAUAAUUGAGAACCUACUCAACAUUACCAAUGUUGAAAAUGGAUAUAAAUUUAAGAUACAGGUAAUAUGUACAGAGAGAUCAAAACAUUUUUUCAAAAUAACUGAUAUCCCAGAGUGUUGCUCGCUGUUUGACGAUGAUGUCGAAUGGAGCUCCUGGAAUCAUAGAGGGGAUCCAGUGCUUCAUAUUGAACUCGGAAAAUGGGCUGAUAUGUUAGUAAUAGCUCCUCUAGAUGCUAAUACUUUAGCAAAAAUAUCACAGGGCAUCUGUGACAACUUGUUGACAUGUACAGUAAGAGCUUGGGAUGUGUCUAAACCGCUGCUGUUUUGCCCUGCUAUGAACACUCGGAUGUAUCAGCAUCCGAUAACAGCCAAUCAAAUCGAGACGUUAAAAGCUUGGGGUUAUAAAGAGAUACCAUCAAUUGAAAAGAAACUUAUGUGUGGGGAUACUGGUAUUGGCGCUAUGGCUGAUGUGGAUACUAUAGUGCAGAGGAUACACAGUACAGCUCAAGAUCAUGUUAAUAAUAAAAAGGACUGAAGUUUUCAUUCAUUUCAUACAUUCUUGAUAUUGUUGAAUAAAUACCCAAAUUGUAUUUAUUUGUUAUUUGUUAUUGUGUGUACAUGACGCUACUUAAUAGAAAUAAAUAUUGUUAUUAUAAUGAA